AUGUCUACAUAUGGAGGAACGUUGCUCUCUGCUUGUGCACAGGAUGCAGGAGCAACCGUGUACACAGAAAAGAAAUUCAAAUAUCAUAUGAAGGAGCUUGACAACUUGGAUAAGCGAAUAAGGUCUUAUUUACAGAAGAUUGGAUAUCAUAAAUGGUCAAGAUUCUACUCCCAAAAAAAAAGGAAACUAGCUCAAAAAACAAUGACAAGAUUGACACCAGUUGCAGAACAAGCACUCACCAACAACUUCGUAUACUCUUUGAGAUUAACUGUAAAGCCAGAAAAUGAAUAUCUUUUUGAGGUAUUUAAAGAAGAUAAGUCAUGGAUUGUAAAUCUUAAAGAACGAAUUUGCACUUGCAAUAGAUUUCAGAAUGAUGAAUUUCCAUGUGGUCAUGCUCUUGCUGUGAUGAAGGAGAUGAACAUAGACCCCUACGAUUAUUGUUCACAUUACUACACAACAAAAGUAUGGUUAGAAACAUACAAUGCAAUUGUGUAUCCAGUAGGGAAACAACAACAUUGA